AUGAGAAAUAAUCGCUCGGUUUUUAGACGUGUUCAAACUCGCAUUUUCGUCGCUAGUGAUUUUCGUGCAGGUAAGACGUUUGAUUACAUUUUACUUUCGCGCGGGCAAUUGUGCGUAAAUUGUGUUCUAGCGUGGAAAACAGAAGUAAAUAAUACACAAUGUUUCAUCACAAGUGCCUUCAACAUCUCAUGCACGUCCAACAAGUCCAACUGCCUUCAAGCCUGCCUCAAAUAA